ACGAUUGUCUGUGACAAUCUUAUUUCUCUUUUUUACUGUGACGAACAACGAUGAUGAACUUCGAGGACGUCGAGGAGCGCGACGGCAUUCGACUCUCAUGGAACGUCUGGCCAUCAUCGAGGAUUGAAGCGACCAGGACCGUUGUGCCCAUCUCUGCCCUCUACACGCCACUCAAAGUCAGAGAAGAUCUUCCGCCGGUCGUAUAUGAGCCCGUCGCGUGCAAACCGCCUUGCCGAGCGAUCCUGAAUCCAUAUUGCCAGAUUGAUAUUCGUGGAAAACUCUGGAUCUGUCCUUUCUGCUUGUCGAGAAAUGCAUUCCCGCCGCAUUACAAGGAGAUCUCCAACACCAAUUUGCCCCCGGAAUUGUUGCCCAAGUACACGACGAUUGAAUAUGUUUUGGCGCGACCCGCUCAAGUCCCACCCAUCUUUCUGUUCGUUGUCGAUACCUGCUUGGAUGAGGACGAUUUGAAGGCUCUCCGUGAUGCCAUCGUGGUCAGCUUGAGCUUGAUUCCCCCCUAUGCCUUGGUGGGAUUGAUCACGUAUGGAACCAUGACCCAAGUUCAUGAAAUUGGCUAUGCCGAGUGCUCCAAGUCAUAUGUCUUCCGGGGCGGAAAGGAGUAUCAACCCAAGCAAAUCCAAGAUAUGCUCGGUCUCUCAUCCCAAAACCGUGCUGCACCACGCCCUGGACAACCGUUGUCUCAACAGGCCUUUGGCGCAGCCCGAUUCCUUCUCCCAGUCUCCCAGUGCGAAUUCCAGCUGACCGGGAUCUUGGAGUCGCUUACCCGCGAUCCCUGGCCCGUCGCCAACGACAAGCGACCAUUGAGGUGUACCGGCGUCGCCCUCAGCGUCGCCGUCGGUUUGCUUGAGACCGCCUUCCCCAACACUGGCGCGAGAAUUAUGCUCUUCUCCGGUGGUCCCGCCACCGAGGGACCGGGUAUGGUCGUCAGCAACGAACUGAAGGAGCCUAUUCGUAGUCACCACGAUAUCGACCGUGAUUCGGCCAAACAUUACAAGCGGGCCAUGAAGUUCUAUGAAGGACUUGCUCGUCGAGUCUCUAACAAUGGCCACGUUGUCGAUCUCUUCGCCGGUUGCUUGGAUCAGAUUGGCUUGCAAGAAAUGAAGUCACUGCCAAAUUCCACGAAUGGCGUCAUCGUCCUUUCCGACUCCUUCGCAACAUCCAUCUUCAAGCAAUCCUUCCUUCGCCUGUUCAAUAAAGAUGACCAGGGCAACCUGUCGAUGGGCUUCAAUGCAACGCUGGACGUUCAGACCACAAAAGAGCUCAAGGUCUCGGGAAUGAUUGGCCACGGAAUUUCCGCGGGGAAGAAAUCCGCGUGUGUUGGCGAGACUGAGAUUGGUAUCGGUCAAACCUCAGCAUGGAAGAUCAAUGCUAUCACACCGCGCACAGCGGCGGGUGUCUACUUUGAAGUUGUCACCCCUGCUGGCCAACCUCUCCAGCAAGGUUCCCGUGGACUUAUUCAAUUUGUGACCCACUACCAGCACUCCUCGGGCCAAAUGCGACUUCGUGUCACCACCAUCGCACGGAACUUCGCGGAAGCUGGAUCCCCUUCCAUUGCCGCCUCCUUCGAUCAAGAGGCCGCCGCUGUUUUAAUGGCCCGGAUAGCCGUCUUCAAGGCAGAAAUAGACGAUUCCCCCGACGUCUUGAGGUGGUUAGAUCGUAUGUUGAUCCGACUCUGCCAGAAGUUCGCAGACUACAGGAAGGAAGAUCCAACAUCAUUCCGUCUCACGGACAACUUCAGCAUCUAUCCUCAGUUCAUGUUCCACCUCAGAAGAAGCCAGUUCCUUCAAGUCUUCAACAACAGUCCUGACGAGACAGCGUUCUACCGCCAUGUCCUCAACGAAGAAGAUGUUAACAAUUCGCUGAUCAUGAUACAGCCCACCCUCAUGUCAUACACCUUCGACCAGCCCCCGCAACCCGUCUUGCUGGACAGUGUCUCCAUCAAGCAUGACGUCAUCCUCCUCCUCGACACAUUCUUCCACAUUCUCAUUUUCCAUGGAGAGCUCGUUGCUCAAUGGAGAAAGCAGGGCUACCAAGACCAGGAGGGCUACGAGAACUUUAAGGAACUCCUCGAGUUGCCUGUCGCUGAUGCCCAAGACCUCCUCGCCGAUCGCUUCCCUAUCCCACGAUACAUUGUUUGUGAUCAAGGCGGCUCUCAGGCCCGAUUCUUGCUCUCCAAACUCAAUCCCAGUACCACGCAUAUGAGUGCGACCAUGUAUGGUAGCACCCCUGGUGCUGGAGCUGGUCAGGCUAUCUUCACGGACGAUGUCAGCUUGCAAGUGUUCAUGGAGCACUUGAAGCGAUUGGCUGUUGGUGCUCAGACCAACUAAAUACCUUAGAAUCAAGCACGGACGAUGAUUCGAAUGGUAGCCUCUCUCCAUCCUCUUCCUCUCUGCAGGCUACUGUUGGGUUCUUGUUCGCUCGGUCCGUUCCGUGGAGGACUUCGUGGUUUCGUUCCACGGGGGUUCAAGUUCUGGUCUUCCUUUUACGUUCUUCUCGUGUUCUGUUCGUACUCUUUUUAUUUGGCGGUUCUGGCAAUCUACUUUAUAUCUGGAUAACUAUGAAAAACGCCCUUACUGAGUA